AUAGAAAUUCUUUAAUUUUUUUUAAAAAUGGAUAAAAAUAGUUCUGGUACUACUACAAGAACAAAUUCAGAUAAUAGUUUAGUAUCUGCGAUUACAAACGGAAAUCAUAGCGAAAGUGGAAAGUUGAUGGGCAAUGGAAAUAAAAGAACAGCUCAAUAUUAUGCAGCAUUUGCUGCCAAUUUGUGCAUAGCCUCUACUGGUAUGAUGUAUGGAUGGGCUUCACCUGCAUUGCUUAAAGUAGAUAUGACAGAUAGUGAAAAGUCUUGGAUAGCAUCAAUAUUAAUGAUAGGUGGAAUAUUUGGAUGCCUUCUAACAAUUGCUCUAAUUGAUCGAAUUGGUCGUAAAUGGACAAUUAUAUUAACGACCAUACCAUAUAUUAUAUCAUGGAGUAUGAUAAUUUUUGCUGAGGAGCAUGUUUAUUGGUUAUACGCAGCAAGAUUCAUAGGUGGUUUGAGUGUGGGUGGCGCAUAUUGCGUAUUACCAAUGUACAUCGGCGAAAUAUCUGACGAUGCAAUAAGAGGUGCAAUGGGAUCGUUAUUAGAUUUACUUUUAAGUGUUGGCAUAUUAUUCGAAUAUUGUGUUGGUCCAUACAUUUCAUUUAAAUUGUUAGCUGCAAUAUCAUUAAUUGUUCCAUUAGUAAAUUUGAUAUGUUGUCCAUUAAUACCAGAAUCUCCAUAUUUUUAUUUGAUGAAAAAUAAUUGGGAUGGUGCAAAACGAUCAUUACAAACCUUACGUGGGAAAAAAGAUGUUGAAAAAGAAUUGAUCACAUUAAAUGAUGUUGUCGCACAAGAAGUUGCUGAGCGUCAAAGUUAUAUAAAACUGUUUACCAAAUAUGGUAAUCGUAAAGCAGUAAUAAUUAUAUUUGGAUUAAUGAUGGCCCAACAAUUCAGCGGUAUUGGUGCGUUACUCAGCUACACAGAACAAAUAUUUGUAAAAACUGGUGGUGUCAUUGACCCCAAAAUUUCCACCAUUGGUGUAGGAGUAACUCAAUUAGGUGCAUGUAUUUUUGCAGCACUUGUUGCUGAUAAUUUCGGACGACGUAUUUUGUUAAUAAUAUCAUCACUUGGAUCAGCAAUAUGUUUAGCAGCAACCGGAUCAAUAUUUUUCUUGUCAGAAGUUCUUGAGUUCGAUACAUCUAGUUAUGCGGAUUGGACAAUAGCAACAAUUUUAUUAUACAUGAUUCUUGUAAACAUCGGUUUAAGUAGUCAAACAUACGUAAUGCUCGGUGAACUAUUUCCAACAAAUAUCAAAGCGGUUGCAGUUUGUACAGCGAAUUUAUCUAUGUUAUUGUUAGAAGCGAUUGUAACGAAAAUUUUUGAAAUCAUAACAACAGCUGCGGGUGGAUAUUAUUCAGUUUUCUUAAUAUUCUCUGCAUGUACAUUCUUAAGUUUAAUUUUCAUUUUAAUUUAUGUUCCGGAAACAAAAGGCAAAUCUUUGGAAGAAAUUCAAGUAUGGUUGAAUAAAGGAAAAAUAUCAAAGAAGAAUGUACAAUUAGCUUUUAUUUAAAUUGUUAAUUUGAGGCGAUUGUGUAAUAAAUAAAGCGAAAUUGAUGCCUCCACAAUUUAAGACACGAUAACAGAAAAUGUUUUUCUGUGCAUGUGUUUUAAACUUAAGCAUUACUACGAUUACUGAAUUUUUCUGAUUUAAAAACAAUUAUUAACGCUUAUAUUGUUAAUCAGAAUUUUUUCAAGUCAAAAUAUAAACGUAAAUUGACUUAAAGCGAAUGGAGGAUAUACAAUUGGAAAAAAAAUAGCAGGACGGUUGAUUGAGUUGGGUAGAAUAAUUGAAAAGUGUUUUAUUCUCACAUUUUUGACUUAUAGCGAGGAACAAUUAAUAAUGUACAGAAAUUGGAUUUUUUGAAUAUGUUUUUUGAUAUAAAUAUGUUUGAAAAUUUUCUCAUUUGCGUUUUUUCUAAAGUCGUGUUUAGAUCUGUUAAGCUAAUUAUGUUUUCGUGUAAAAUUCAUUUUUUUCAAAGUCUAUUAACUCAUAUU